GUGAAGGAGCUGCUCCAGCGAAACCCCGCCUGCAACAUCUCCCAGCAGGUCUCGCAGCUGACGGCGAUGCUGGUGGACCAUCCCUCCUCCGCUGACUACCACCUGACCACUGCGCACAAGAUGAAGGGGCGCGAGGCGGCCGUGGUGCAGCUGGCGGAGGACUUUGUGGAGCUGAGCCCCACCGAGGAGGACGGCAUCCGGCGGCUGCAGCGCUGUCGUGAGCAGGCCAUGCUGGUGGACGAGCUAAACGCCAUUUACGUGGCCGUCAGCCGCGCCAAGAGCGUGCUGCUGCUGAACAGGGACCUGUCGCGACUGCUGCUGGGGCUGCACCAGCGGCACAUGCAGCUGCGCAUGGUGGCACAGCAGCAGCGGCCGGCUGCUGCUGACACUGCCGCUGUCGUAGGCACGCCUCCGCGGCAAGUGCGUUCCGCAUUCGCAAGCACUCUGGCUGCCAGCCCCUACCUAGACGGCUUCAAGACUCCCACUGCCGCCAGCGCCGCUUCAGGCUUUGCGGCUGGUGUGGCCGGCAGCGGCCGCCCAAGCAGCCUUCCAGGCGCCUCUCUGCUGCCAUCACCCGGCACGGGCCUUCCGACACUUCCAGCCUCGGCAUCCGCCGCUGCUACUGCCGCGGCCGCCCGGCGUGCUGCGGCGGCAGCGGGGGCGGCGGCACGUACGACAGACCCUGCGGAGGAGGAGGAGGAGCUACAGGACAUGACGCCGCCGGUAACCUCCGAGGAUGCAGACGAGGAAUCCGAAGAGGAAGCUGCCAUUGUGGGCCCGCAUGUCGAGCGCCUUAUCGCAAGGAAACGCAGGAGCGAGGCAGGCGAGGCGGGGGCAGAGUCAGGGCCAAGUCAGCGCCCGGCCAAGACAGCGCGAAGGGAGGGCUCCACGGCGGCGGGAGCCGCAGCUGGCCCCUCUGCAGCUGCUGCUGCCCCAGCCGCAGUGAUGGCGUGGUGCGCGGCGUGCAAGGCGCAUCAGGUUCGUGUUGACCUAGACGGAGCUGUCGCUGGGGUCCGGCCUGGGGUCAGCGGGGCUCGACCCCGGGUGUUGUGGCGGGGUAGGCCGGUGUGUUUCGUGUGCAGCCGGGGCUCUGUGUUGGGUCAGGUAAUGGAGCUGGCUCUGAGGCAUCCGGCAGCAGCGGCAGAUGUGGGGGGGGAGGCUGAGGAGCCGUGAGUUGCUGGUGCAGCAGCAGGUGGUGGGUAAAGCGUCUGAAAGUGGCUCCGCCGGAGUUAUAUACUUGAUAACAGAAUGUUGCAGUGAUUUUCGCCCCUGUAGUUAAGGAGGGAACUAUGUCGUGAAGGAUGUACAGUAAAUAGUUGGGUGUUGCCAGUGUUACUGCUGCAGGUAUGUACGGUUACGUGAGUGCGAUAAUCAGUUGCGCUGGUUUCACUGUCGUCCAAGGCAAGGUACAAGUCGUCUUGUUGCAGCUAGCUACGGUUUUGCACUUGACGAUGAAAAUACUAUCUUUGAUAGGUAGGAGACACGCGGGAUCCUCUUCAG